AUGAGCACGUCAGCAGCUGCGGCUGCAGUGGCAGCAUCAUCGUCUGGUGCUUCUUCCAGUGCUCGUGGCAUUGCCGUUGGGACUGCUGGCUCAACUCCUACCAGUGUUGCUGAUGUUGCAGCAGCUGCUGUUGCUGCUGCCGAUGCUGCUGCUCCUGCUGCUGCUGCUGUUGCUGCUGCGGGUUCUCCUGGAGCUGGUGUUUCUUCUCCCAACGUACCACCAUCACAUGAAAUCAGACAUCAGUUCGAGAGACCUCUCACCCUCCACACCCACUCUCUCUUCCCAGAAGCUUUCUCCCCCCGCUCUCCACACCCCUUCAGCAAGAGCAGGACUUUCAAGCGCAAUCCUGCUGCUUUCGACCUAUCUGGGACAAGCCCAUCCAGUCUUCAUGCAUCACAGCAGCCCCACCGUCUGCCAGCCCUCAUUGCAACAAACCCCCGUUACAGCCCUCGAUACAACCCCUCACUGCAAUCCUCAGGAACGCGCCCGUUCUCUAAGAGCAAAACCUUCAAAUAUAGCAACAGCAGCAGCAACAGCAACAGCAACCCCUCUUUUAGCCUCACCAGCCCCUCCAGUCGAACCCCGUCCAAACCUCCUCCCAGAAAGCACCUGUCUAGCGGGAACCUUCCUGGUCUGCCUCUGCAGCAAGGGACAGACCUGCCCAGUCGAACCCUCCACCAGGUUCCACCUGGAAGGGGUCUGUCUCGGCACCUGUCGAUGAAUCCUAGGACCGGUGCAGGUGCAGGGGAAGCGCUUAUCAGGGAUUCAAGGUUGGGAGACGCGGUUAUGAGGGAUGCAAGGUCGGGAGAUGCGGUUAUGAGGGAUGCAAGGUCGGGAGAUGCGGUUAUGAGGGAUGCAAGGUCGGGAGAUGCGGUUAUGAGGGAUGCAAGAUCGGGAGAUGCAGUUAUGAGGGAUGCAAGAUGGGGAGAUGCACUUACAGCAGCAGGUCUACGCUCCACAGACAAAGGCAAAGGCCUAGCUUUGGACGAGGGGGUCCAAACGCAAAGGUCCAACUUGCCUGCAUGUGCGGCAGAAACCCUGAGGGUUGCAACUGGGGCAGAAGCACAGAGAGCUGUGGCUGGGGCAGAUACUCAAAACUUUGCAGGUGGGGCAGAUCCGCAAGCAUCCUCCUCUGGACAAAACUCACAAGCAGCGGUUCUCGGGCAGGAUCCACAGCCAGCAAUCUCUCGGGCAGAUUCGCAAGAAUCGGCUGGUGGUGCUUAUAACGAGGCAGAGACUGGUUUUUAUAACGAGGUUGCUUAUAACGAGGGAGGGGGCGGGGCUUAUAGAGGGACCCCAUCCCCUGGAGCGUCCAGGAGGGGACAGCUGUCAAGGCAGACGCUAAGGGGGCAUGGAAUGAGUAGCUUCAAUGACAGCAUGUUUGCUGGUGGCAGCGCUGGUGGCAGUGCUUGUGAGGGCAGGUUUUUUUGUAGCAGUUCUGUGGAGAGUAGGUUUCCUGGUGGUAACAGCUUCAGUGAGAGUAUGCUUGAUGGGAGUGUGCGAGAGGAGGAAGAGGAGGAGGAAGAGGAGGAGGAAGAGGAGGGAGAGGAGGGGGAGGCGGAGGGAGAGGGAGAGGAGGAGGAGGAUGAACGGGAGAAUGGGGAGGAAAGGAAGGAGGUGGAGGAUGUUGGGCGCCAGCCUCCCCCUCUCCGGCACACAGUCAGCACAACAGCCAUCAGCCCAACCCAUGCACCAUCCACUCGCAUCGCCAGCACCACCAGCACCGCCACCACCACUGCCUCUGCCACUCCUGACGGCCCAGUAGCCCCCUCCGCUCUCUCCACGCCUCCAUCACUCGCUUCCUCACUGGCCUCCUACACUCCCACCAGCGCCUUCAGCUUCAGCCGAACGUCUACCGCUACAAGUCUCUCACUUACCCCGACUAGGAAUGUUGCUGCCGCUGCCGCUGCUACCCGCGCGCUUGCUGCUUUUAACGCGCUCAGCUUUGGGGGUUUGCAUGGUGGCGCUGCUGGUGCUGCUGGUGUUGAGGGUGCUGGUGUUGCUGGCGGUGCGGUGAGUAAAAGCAUGGUUGAUUCUGCUGGUGCUUCUGGGACUGGUGAAGUGAGCAGUGACGACCAACAACACAGUGGGGAUCGUGGUGGGAUGAUAGGCAUUCCUCCUGCAGCAAAUUCUCAGGGAGAGAACGAGUCGAUGACCGGCCUGGCUACAGAGGCUUCGCGGAAGGCUCUGGAGAUGGCUGGCGUGGACCCUGCUGACGUGGACCUGAUCAUCUUCUGCACGUCAACCCCCGACGACAUUUUCGGCGGUGGUUGCCUGGUUCAACGGGACCUGGGCUGCAAACGAGCUGUGGCGUUCGACCUCACUGCAGCCUGCAGUGGCUUUGUCCUCGGCCUUGUCACCGCCUCCCGGUUCAUCCAAGGAGGCGGGUAUGAGCGGGUGCUGGUGGUGGGGGCGGAUGGGCUGUCGCGAUACGUGGACUGGUCGGACAGGGGCACGUGCAUCCUGUUUGGCGAUGGCUGUGGGGCCGUGCUGGUGCAGGCUGCAGCUGAGGGGGAGAGCGACGGCAUGCUGGGCUUUGACAUGCACAGCGACGGCUACGGCUCCAGGCACCUGCAUGCGUGCUUCAGUGUGACUCCGGCGCCAGUAGAGAGCGGGUGGCAAUUCACUUUGCCUCUCACGUCUUUCCUUCGCUUCUUUACUUCCCUCAUUUUCUUCUCCUCUCCCAUAUCCUCCCCCAUGCUCCCUCGCCAGGCACCUGCAUGCGUGCUUCCCAGUGUGACGCCGGCGCCAGCAGAGAGCGGGUCCAUUGCAGGGAGGGCGGUGGCGACCCCCAUAGUGAUGAACGGGAAGGAGGUCUACAAGUUUGCUGUCACCUCCGUGCCCCAGGUAUGCGCCUCUCAGCUGUCAUCUGCGUGCCCGAGGUAUGCACUGCAACCUGUGUAA